UCCUCGGCGAUCGGCGGCGGCGGCGGCGGCGGCGACAUGGAGAGUGGGGCCUACGGCGCGGCCAAGGCGGGCGGCUCCUUCGACCUGCGGCGCUUCCUGGCGCAGCCGCAGGUGCUGGCGCGCGCCGUGUGCAUGGUCUUCGCCUUGAUCGUGUUCUCCUGCAUCUUCGGCGAGGGCUACAGCAACAGCCCAGAGUCGGCGCAGCUGUACUGCGUGUUCAACCGCAACGAGGACGCCUGUCGCUACGGCUGUGCCAUCGGGGUGCUGGCCUUCCUGGCCUCCGCCUUCUUCUUCGUGGUGGACGCCUAUUUCCCCCAGAUCAGCAGCGCCACCGACCGCAAGUACCUCGUCGUGGGCGACCUGCUCUUCUCAGCUCUCUGGACCUUCCUGUGGUUCGUCGGCUUCUGCUUCCUGACCAACCAGUGGGCGGCCACCGAGCCGGGCAGCGUGCUGGUGGGGGCCGACUCCGCCCGGGCAGCCAUCACCUUCAGCUUCUUCUCCAUCUUCUCCUGGGGCCUGCUGGCCUCCCUGGCCUACAAGCGCUACAAGGCCGGAGUGGACGACUUCAUCCAGAACUAUGUGGACCCCACCCCGGACCCGAGCACAGCCUACGCCUCCUACCCCGGCGCAACCGUGGACAACUACCAGCAGCCUCCCUUCACCCAGAACGCCCAGACCACCGAGGGCUACCAGCCGCCCCCUGUCUACUGAGCGGCAGCCGGGGGUAGGGUGCGUGGGCAGGGUGGCUGGGGGCUCCCCUGCACCCUGAACUCCCCCCUCGGAGUCCACCUCCUGGGGCUCCUGCCUCGUGCCUGCCCCAGUUAGCACAGCCUGGAGAGCGCACCCAAGUGCCUGUGCCCUCCGGGGCUCCGCAGCCACCCACUCACUCCUCCGAGGCGUUUUGUACUGGAGAGGGUUUUUAGCUAUCUGCGCGUUUUCUCGUCGCUUUGAGUGGCUCCCGGCCACGGAGACAACCACGGUUCCAACAAGCACCACAGCUCCUCCACAGCCCCAGGGAGCCGGGCCCGGGCCAAGGCUGUGGCCGCUCCGGUGGUUUGGAUUCUCUGCCAAAGCCGAGGCCCGGGGGUCCCAGCACCUGUCUGUGGCCCCGGCCCCUCACUCAGGUUACUCACUCACCCCCGCCCGCAGCGUGGGCUGGGCCUGUGCUCACUGCUGUAUUCGCUGGGGUCCUCACCCUCUGCCCGGUGUUGCUGACAGCCAUGGGGUCCGUGGGGCAGGGCUGGCGCCCACCCCAGCAGCCUGGAAGACACUUCCUCUUUGCUGGCCCCCCUGUAACACCCAGCUUUAUGUAAAUACCCCGCCACUGUUGUGAGGGGGGCGGGCCCGGGCCGUGGGUCCCGCAGCACCCAGACUGCGGGAGGACUCAGCCCGAGUUGCCCCUCGCCCUUGGGCUCCGUUAGCCUGGUUUGCAGAUGGAAUAAAUGUUUUUCUCA